CUAUUCCUCCCACUGACACCAAUGAUGGGGCACAUUUCUUCCCACUGACUCCAAUGAUAGGGCAUUAUUCCUCCCACUGACAACAAUGAUGGGCACAUUUCUUCCCACUGACACCAAUGAUGGGGCACUAUUCCUCUCACUGACACUAAUGAUGGGGCACGAUUCUUCCUACUGACACCAAUGAUAGGGCACUAUUCCUCCCACUGACACCAAUGAUGGGGCACUAUUCCUCCCACUGACACCAAUGAUGGGGCACUAUUCCUCCCACUGACACCAAUGAUGGGGCACUAUUUCGGUCCAUAAGACACACUUGAGGGGAAAUUAUUCCCACCGCCGUUGUAUGUCUGCAGUCUCUGGUCAACUUCUGUACUGUGUCCGCAGUCUCUGGUCAUCUCCUGUACUGUGUCCGCAGUCUCUGGUCAUCUCCUGUACUAUGUCCGCAGUCUCUGGUCAUCUCCUGUACUAUGUCCGCAGUCUAUCUCCGGUCAUCCCCUGUACUGUCUCUGUCCGCAGUCUCUCUGGUCAUCCCCUGUACUACUGUCCGCAGUCUCUGGUCAUCUCCUGUACUAUGUCCGCAGUCUCUGGUCAUCUCCUGUACUGUGUCCGCAGUCUCUGGUCAUCUUCUGUACUGUGUCCGCAGUCUCUGGUCAUCUCCUGUACUGUGUCCGCAGUCUCUGGUCAUCUCCUGUACUGUGUCCGCAGUCUCUGGUCAUCUCCUGUACUGUGUUCCGCAGUCUCUGGUCAUCUCCUGUACUCUCUGUGUCUGCAGUCUCUGGUCAUCUCCUGUACUGUAUCCGCAGUCUCCUGGUCAUCUCCUGUACUCCUGUACUCCUGUCCACAUUUGUUC